CGUGCAGAAAUUUUAGUCAGAGACUGCUUAAGCCACUGACUAGUCGUUGUUACUUUAACAUCAAGCAAAAAUAUAAACCGAAAUAUGUGAAGAUUUGUUUCUGUGAUAUUUUUGUAACAGGCAUGUUCGAAGUUUGAAGUAAAAAUUCAAUGAAAAAAUGCCAAAAUUGACAUCGGAAACGCAGAAGUUACAUAAGUCCAAAUGUUUAAUUAUAUAUAAAUAAUUCAACUAUCGGCUCCACCCGGAUUGAUAACUUUUAAUCGUCAUAACAAGAUAAGAUUUUUUGUUAUAUUUUAAGUCAGACUGAUACUAAACAUUACGAAUAAGAUUUGUAAAAUAAUAAGUAAUAUAAAUCAAAUAUUAUGUUUGGAAUUAUCGUGUGUGGUGUUACGAUAUCCUUGAUAUCAUGGUUGUACCUUCGUUGGAGAAAUGUUAGAGAGUAUUGGGCAAGGCGUGGUGUACCUCACUUACCACCUCAUCCUUUGAUGGGCAGUCUUACAUUCUUGCAGCAAAAGAAUCCGGCCCUUUGGAUGAUUGAUACAUAUAAGCAAUUUAAGAAACCAUACGUAGGAAUAUGGUUAUUCUGGAGACCAGCUCUCAUUAUCAAUUCACCAGAAAUAGCACGAAAUAUACUUAUUAAGGACUUCGACAAUUUCAGGAACAGAUACCUGAAACCGGGUUCCUUCGACCCCCUUAAAAAUAAUGUGUUUACUGUAAAUGAUCCCAUGUGGUCUACAGUGCGUCGAGGUUUGACAUCGGUGUUUACGUCUUCCAAGCUGAAGGGAAUGCAGAACCUCUUCGACCAGAAAGCAAUUGAUUUAAUACAAAGAAUAAAAAACACAAAAGAUACAAGCAAACUAGAUAUACGGUCAUUGUUCACAGAUUACACAACAGAUGUCAUUGCAACCGCUGCUUUUGGUGUAGAAACUACCGCCACCCUCACAGGAGAAGACCCUAUCAGAACUGUGUCCAAGACCCUAAUGACCUUCGACUGGUACAAAGGAUUUUGUUGGAGUACUAUAUUUUUCUUUCCGAAAUUGACGGAAUGGUGCAGACUCCCCAUAUUUCCUGAAUCAUCGACACAGUUCUUUAAGAAAGUAUUUGAAACUGUAUCAAAGCAAAGAAGGGUCAAUGAAAUAAAGGACGUAAAAGAUUUACUUGACGCAUUACUUAUGCUUAAGGACGAUGGGUUAACUGAUAACGACAUUUGGGCCCAGGCUGUGGCAUUUCUGUUUGCAGGUUUUGAAACAUCAAGUUCUGUUUUGAGUUUCAUGUUAUAUGAAUUAUCAUUCCGCCCAGACCUACAGGACAAAAUGUAUGAAGAGUUAAUAGAGGCGAAGAAAAGUCAAAACGGUUCCUUGGAUCUGACUAUACAAGCUGAUUUGAAGUAUUUAAACUGUGUAAUUAAAGAAGCGCUACGCAUGUAUCCUCCCCUGGGAUGGCUUGAUAGAGAGACAUUAAAUGACUAUAAGGUAGACGAGAAACUGACCAUACCUGCGGGAACACCGAUAUAUGUGAACGGAAUUGGAAUGCAAUACGACAGCGACAUUUAUCCGGACCCCGAAACGUUUAAACCCGAAAGGUUUUUGCCCGAGAAUGAGAAAGACCUGAAGCCAUUCACUCAUAUGCCAUUUGGAGAGGGACCAAGGAGCUGUAUAGGAAAGAGGUUCGGUCAGAUAUCAGUAAGAAACGCUAUGUCAAACUUAGUACUAAAUUUCAAGCUUAAACCACUGCCGGGAGCACCGAAGCCUUCAGAAGUGAAAUACGAAAAUAAACAUCUCUUUUUGGUACCUGGAGAGAGCCUUUAUAUCGAUUUCGAACCGAGAAAUGUAUAAUUCGGUUUACAAACAUAUAUACUAAUACAUUUGUAUGGCUUAUUUAUGGUACAUAUCUGUUAGGGCUAAAUAUUAUAAACAAUCACGAAUUUAAUCAAAUAAAUAUGAAUGUACUUGCGUAAAGGCAAUAACAUUUCUAUGAAGUAAUAGAAAUUAGUUAUUGUUUUAAAAAUAGUUAACAGUCAAAAUAAAGUGGCCUAGUGGAUUCUCAAUCCAACUAAUAGAUAUAUGAUUGCUUAGUUUAUAAUUAUUGUGAUCAUUUUUUUACUUUGAAAUAAUUGUAGUUAUUAUAUUAUAUUUAUUACUAAUGAGCAAUGUAAUGCCACAUCACGAUACCUCGGUAAGGAAAAUCAAUGUCUAUUGGAAAAGGUAAUAAAUUGUAACACUCGGAUAAAUUAAAACACGCCUAAACCCCUUUUUAAAAGUAUUUCACAAUUAGAAUGCUGCAUUAUCCCUAAGUAUCAUAGGGUAUAUUUGUUUCUGAAAUAUAAUAAAAAUAUUUAACCGUGCAAAGCGAGGUUUGUUUUUCAAAACUAUCAAAUCAUAUCAUUAAAUACUUAUAACAUUAUGACCUCUUCAAGUUAGUUAAAUUGUUUAUCUAUCAAGGACAUUAUAUUAAAUGUUAAACAUUGUUCGGUCAUUGCAAGGUAGGUAGGAUUUUUUUCUAUUCACAAUCCUAUCCUUACUUAUAUGUGCUGAUAAAAAACGCUACGUAAUGCAGUCUUGAGAGAAGGUGGUCUGUCAGAUGUUCUGAAGAAUCCAAAAAUUUAUAAAUAUAAUUUUUUUCAUAAGCAGCAUUUCUUCAAAUUGUUUGCAUUUCACUUGUAAUAACACAAACGGAAUUAAGCUUAGCUAAAAAUAUAUUAUUGGUAUAUGAUAAAUUUAAGAUAUAUUGAUAAAUCAAUAUCUACCUAUUAAUCUUUACUAAUCUCUGAUAACAAUGUGAUAACGUAUAAUAAUAAUGUUAUCACUAUAUAAUAAGUCUGUCAUUCAAAAGCAUUUUCGAAAGUUAUCAAACUACAAUUG